UCCAGAUCUGUGUUCAUUUGUUCUAAGCUCGGAGUGCAAACAGUCAGUAGAGAACAGCCAGAACCAGGCAAAGACACGUGGAAACAGAGAGGAGUGACUGGAUCUAUCAAAAGGGGGACUGAACCUCCUCUCCCCUGUCUACUUCGAACUGAAAGCUCUUCUUCCUGAAAAGACAAUCCCUGCAGAGUAUGCGUUUGACCUCCUCUCUCCUGUUAGCCUCCCUUGUCCUCCUCCUGCUGUUGCUCCCGUCCAUCGAGAUGAGAGCGGGGAAGGGCAGAGGCCUCAAAGGAGCAAGGCACAAAAGAGCAAGGCACGAACUCACACGGGACAGGGUGAGAGGUGUUCGGCGUCACAGCAGAUCAGGCCCUUCCAGGAUUGCGGCACCUCAGUGCUCAGAGUUGACAGUAUCUGGAGACUUCUUUGUAGACUGUCAGGACCAAGGCCUCAACUCCAUCCCCGCCUCAGAGACGUGGUCCAAACAACCAAACCACCUCCUUUUUGCACGCAACCGGAUCAAAAUCCUUCGUGACGGAGCUUUCUUGGGAUUUGAGAGCCUAACAAGUCUGGACCUGCAGCAGAAUCACAUCUCUUUGGUGGCUGAAGGGGCCUUCCAGGGUCUGACACGCCUUACAACCCUGCUGCUGCAGCACAACCGCCUGGGGACACUUAGCGAAGAGGCCCUCAUCUCCAUGCCAAACCUUCGCUACUUACGUCUACAUGACAAUCCCUGGGACUGUGUCUGCCCGAUGGACAGUCUCAUACGCACCCUUCAGGUCCCAAGCAACCGUAAUCUAGGAAAUCAUGCCAGGUGUGCAGAGCCCACCAGGCUGAAAGGCAUGAAGUUGAAGCAGAUUGACCCUGAGUUUCUCUGUAAGGAGAAGACAGACCCCACAGGCAAUCCACAGGGCGACCAAACAGAUCCCACAAACCCAGUACAACCUAUUCCAAUUCGCACCAAACCGGACGCCACCACAUCUUGCCACACCUACCUAUUCCCCCAAGUACGGAUGGACUGCAGCAAGCGAGGUCUAACUGAAGUGCCUAGAGGUAUUCCAGAGGAUGUUGUUCAUAUUGAUCUGUCCCAUAAUUCAAUCCGUCAUCUCAAAGCCAGAGAUUUCCAAGGAGCCAGGGGCCUAAGAAGCCUCAACAUAAGUCAUAACAAUAUGGAGCACAUUGACACAGGUUCCCUCUCUGGGCUGCUGCACCUUCGUGAGCUGGACCUGUCCAACAACAGCCUGCAUUCUGUCCAGUACGGGGUUCUUGAAGACCUUUACUUCCUGUUACAUCUAAAACUGGGAGGAAACCCAUGGGUGUGUGACUACAGCAUCCACUACAUGAUGUACUGGCUGCGCCUCCACCCAGGGGUCAGGUACUCAGGCCUGCUGUGUCGCUCCCCUCUUGAACAUACAGGCGAGAGUGUGGCAGAGUAUGUGCGUUCAUACAACAGAGCGUGUCCAAAGGACAGACAGCCCAGCAGAACCGACCCAGACCAAACAGACCCUGAACUCUGGAACACAGCAAUGGAAGUGCAGGGAGAGCUGGAGGAGGAGCUGGAGCCCAGCCACUUGAGAGCGCCACAGAAAUACCAGAUCAUCAGGCUGUCCUGAAGCCAGUGAAAAUGCAACCCACAAUUUACCUUUUACAAAUGAUAUUUAGUUUCCCUUCUUUCGCUUCCUUUCAUUAUCAUUAAACUGUCUGUAUCAGAUGGAGAAGCUACUGUCCUUUUAAUCAAAAUAUAAAAGUUAUCAACUUAUUGGUUGUUUUACUCAUAACUAUUAUCAUAAGGAAAAGAUCUGUAUGAUGAAACACAAAAUGAAAAUAUGGCAACUGAAUGUGCAAUACUCACUGAUGCAUUUCAAGCUAGGCCCUGUUAGAGUUGUGCAGCCACGCAGGUUGAGAUGGAUCACAAAUGGGCGGUAGUUCUGCAGAAUCCGCUUCAUUUUGCCCUCUGUUAUCCAGUCCCUCUCCACAGAGAAGUUGAUCUAAUAGGGAUACAAAAAUUGGGGAACAUUUAUACUCCUAUUUCAAGUAUAACUUCCAAACUUUCCGAUGAGUUUGAUUAAAGAAAAAUCCUCCUAGUACAGACCUGACUCCACAAUGUGCCUGACUGGAUGAGAGCCUUCCAUGUCGAACACACCUCAGCACAAUUUAGCCAGUCUCGCAACUCUAAAUACCGAAAGAUCUGCGCAAUAAAAGAAAAAGAAAAAAAUCACGUGAAAUGUUUGAUAGUUUGGAAAGGUGUACACGUGUAGAUUCUCUUUUAUUUGUACCAAUAUCUUAGAGACCAGUUGUCAUGUUGGAAAUGUUUGUGUAAUGUCAAGUGGACAGUUAAGCACCCACAUUUGAAAGACAAGAUUCUGCUCUGCCACUUAGAGAAUCAGUGUGAUGUAAGUGUACAAGCAGCCUCUUUCUUUCUCCAAACAUAGUCAUGUUGAAGCACCAUUUAUUAGGAGGUGUUGGACAGAAACACCAGGGCAAACAAAGCCAAAUCUGGCCUGCCUUUAGCAGCAAAUGUGAAUCCAAAACAAACAGGGAAUAGGUCUGUCAGUGAAAGGAGAGUCAAAAUAUGUUUACAGGAAACUAAAGAACCACUGGUAUUAAAUACUUUUGUAAUUAUAUAAUACAAUCAAAAAUAUAAAUUAGCAAAGACCAUAACAGAGAUAAGAGUUGUUCAAGAAACAAAACUCUUUCUGUACAUUUACUAGAUCCUAAUGAUAUUAGUUGACAUUAAUCAGCCUGCCUCUAAGAGACAUUUACUUACAGUCUUAUGUAAUCCGUAUGAUCUCAUCACUGAGCUGCUUCAGAUUUAAUUCCCCAGCUAUCAUUUCUCUGUGUGGCACUUUCAUUUAGCUUAAGAGGAACUACCUUCAGUGAGAGGUUGUUAGGGAGCAUGGCGAGUACGUCACAUCCUUCCUCGAUCUGGUUGACUUUGUUGACAAUUUCUAUAGAGCCCAUUUCCAGCCUCUGCAAGAUCCACACAAACCAUAAAUACAACAAAUUAUAUAAAUGACAAUUUGUAGGUUAAAAAAAAAAUCUUAAUAAGUGUUUACCUUAUAAUACUCUUUUGUCCUCUUGGAGUCCUUUACUACAUCACGCCACGCAGCUAUGAUGCGCUUAAAACGACCAGCGUUCACAAGCCUCUCAAGUUUUUCCAAGGCAACUAAUUUGGAAAGAUAUUCAAAUCUUAUUUCAAAUGUUUAGCACUUUUGAACAGCACACUUAUUUAUAUCACUGAAAAAAACCUCUUUGCGGAGGAUAACAUGUGGGCUAAAUCAUGGCACAAAUACUUUUAUCUUUGAUCACAAAGUCUACUGAAUCAUGAGAAAAAUAAAGCAAAAAUAAGGAAAAAUUGAACCAAGACUCAAGAGGGAAAUGUGAAGGGGGACAAAAUGAGUCACACAAUGAGUGUAUCAGUGGGGAAGAAAUGUGUCAGGAGAUUUCGUUUGGACAGAUUUCUUAACCACAGCACAUGUAUUUUCUGGCAUUGUAUUUAAGAGAGUCAGCUUGCAAAAACAGUCAAAUCUUUCAGAAAUAUUUGAGUAAGCACCUACCGGCCUGUGUCUUCUUGUGUAGUUUUACCCAGUUCAACCAUUUAGUAAGUGCAACCAGCUGGCAUUUCCUUUCAUGAUGCUUCUUUGCCAUGUCCAUCUUCAGAGCCAGCUCUGCGGUAUCUCUCUUGCUCUGGGCAGUGAACCUCUUCCACUUCCUGUCCCCAACAUCAAACACAGCUCAUCAUUAAUUCAGUGGAAAGGUAAGCAGGCAGACAGACAGAGACCUGCAUUAUAUCAAUGGCACAGAAGUCAGAAACACUAAAAUUAUAUAGUUGUAUUAGUUUUUACUAAUGAUAUCAACAGAGGCUGGUUUGGACAUUAAGACAGGGCAGUUAUUGACUGGAUAAAAGGUCAAUGUCAUAGAAGUAAGCACUGACAAGAGAGGUGAAAGGCAAUCUGUGAAAUAUAAUAUCCUCAUGAACUCAGUAUGUACGUGUCAACAAUGAUCCAGAAAAGACUUUCAUUUGCAUGGGUCAAAUUUCUUCAUAGAGUGAGACCGGAGUCAGGUUUAAUAAGAUCAGAUAAGAGUUACUUUAUUAAUCCCAGAUUGGGAAAUGUUUUUGUUGCAGCAGCAUGAUGUGAAAGUUUAUUCGACCAGUCAUCAGUCAUACAAUUGACAAAUAUCUACUAAAGAAUUAUGGAUUCACUCAAGACAUUCAGAGGAAGGCAACUGAUGUUUUAGAGCUAUUUCUGGAUAGCUGAAGUGAUAUUUCAGCCAUCACCAUUCAGCUCUCUGAAUAAAUGCUUCACCUGUGCUGGUCUAAUUAGAUUGAUUUCAAACAGCACCAGCUGCCUUCAAUCACUUAAUUGCAUCAGCUUGCGCAGACUCAGAAAGGUUUUAGUAUCAUCACCUGCACUUUUCUUAUGGUUCGUGGCACUCAAACCUUGUGGAGAAAAAACAAGGGGAGUACGAUUGAUUGUUUUCUGGGCUGUUGCGGCUUCUGAGAGUGACUGCUGGAGUUGAAUUUGCUACCAUGGCUCAUCCAUUUGGGGUUUCUUGGAUUUGCUCUCUAUUGUUAUGGGGCUGUAUUGGCUUUCCUACUCAAAAUGGUUACAAUAUUGCACAUGGCUUCUCUCUUGAUGGUGGUCAAUUUGGUAGUGAUGAAAGUGGACCUCACACACAAACUUCAAACAUGUUUGAUCCUGGAGAACCUUUAUUCACCAACCAAGACUCUGUUAAUCCAAGGGAAGAAAUGCAAGCUUUGAGACUCCACAGCUUUGUUUCCCUUCAAGGAGAACCAGAGAACCAUGAAAACAAUGGGGAUUUUAGCCCUGUUACUGUCCUCCCUGAAGACAUGGUACAAACCAACCCAGAGUCAGAACAUCCCUCUGCCCCCCCAGUGCAGAAAUAUGAACAUAAAGGUGCUGGAAGUCAACACCCCUUUGGCCUUUUAGUGGAGGAGCACACACAAGAGAAACCUAUGGAGCGCACCAGUUUCCAGACAGUGAAAGAUUUUAAACGGUUUAUAGAAAAACUGAAGAGUUCAUUCUUAAUUCCAGGAGGUUCCUUUGGUCCACAUUUUCAAACUGCAAUGGAAACUUUGAAAAAUGAGAUGGCUUCUAAUGCUCAAAAUACAAAGGGGGAGAAGGAUAUGGGAUAUAGGUCUAAUUCUACGAAAGAGGUCACUUCCUAUGAUGAUGCCAGUGAAAAUGAAGUUUGGAGUGAAGCUAUGAAUACAGCGUUUGAACAAAAUGAACAGGGUUCUAACUACCAAGUGCCAGGUGAAAACCCCUCUGUCCCUGAUCCUGACGACUCCACUGAGAGUCUCCUUUAUUCCAGUGUUUAUGGCAACCAAGACUCUGGCCCAAGUUCUGCUCUCUACCCACGCCACCGUUUAGCAGCCACAGGGCAUGUUUCAGGUAAUUACGGUGGUUUUGACAGGGUUGACAGUUUUGGGGAAAACCCUGAUAUUUUUACAAGAGCUUCUUAUAAGCAAAAUGAAGAUUUCCAGUCAAAAAACUCGAAUCCCCCUGAACAAAUACCUUCUGGCUCAUACAAUGGAGAUGUUUUUUACUUUGGUGGCUAUGUGACUGCUCCCCCUGUCAACCUUCCCCACAGCCCAGCUCAAGAUUUAAAUGACUUCUCAAGCCAGAGAUCCAAUAUAAUGCCUUUAACCUCUACGGACAUCCAACUACCGACAUCUCACACUGGCAGCCGUGGUGGCUUUGAACUUGGUGAAGAUUUCAAAAGUGAGGAGUUGGGCAAAAUAACUUCAUCCAAUGACCUGUCUGCACCAAUGCCCCGAUCUUCAAAUUCCUAUACAAAAAGUGUACGGGUCAAUGCACCGAGAGGUCGACACUACAUCCCAGAUCAGUUACCAAAACAUAGGGAAAUCCCAGUCCAAUCAUUGGAGGGAUAUAAACCGGCUGUAAACUACUCUCCCAUCGCCCACCUGCCUGUAUCUUUUGGUUCUGCUUCUUCAAACUCUGCUAACAUCUUACCAAAGAGUAGUCAAAGUCAAAGAGGCGGUCAUGUAGGAGUUCAAACAAGUAGCCCACAUGAUGCUCAGAAUAAAGCCUUCAAAAAAAAGCAGCCAGUCAGAUUCCACCGACUGUUUACUAGGAAACCUUUCAGCCUGCUUCAAGACUCAAGUGGACAUGAUGUCUCUCUCAGAGACCAGACAGUCGAUGUUAGCCAUCCUUUCAACCUAAGUGGAAAAGCAAAAGAUGAGGAGAAAUCAGACUUCUCCCAGCUGAAUCAAGCCUCAGACACUUGGGGAACAAAACAAAUGGCUGACAAUACCCUAAUUACUCCCAUUUCUAGUGGCUUGGAUUCAACUCAGAGUGGGAUCUCAUCUUGGGCCAGAGAUGAUGUGAAUUUGAACUCUCUCACUAUCUUGGCUCCAACAUCAGCAUCAGAGACAGCCUUUUCAAGAUUUUUUGGCAAUGAUAUACGUCGUGUCAGAAACCCCCAGGGCUCAUUUUCUACCCCACUACGACAAGGCCUUUCUGGAAACAGAGCUCUGCAGACCUUCAUAAAACCGAACAAAGUACAGAAGACUCCAGCCAAAGUUAAUAUAGAGCCUCGCAUCAUGGCCCACCUGCAUCUUAAACCACUGUCUGCAUCCAAGGUUUCUGAUUCUAUUUUGAGUGAUGAAUUUUGGAGGAAUGGUGGCAACACAAAAAGGCUUCCUUCUGAAAUGAGCCCAAAUAAGUCAUCACCAUUUGUAAAGGCAUAUGUUCGCAAGUCAAGAAAUGACUACAAAAGGAAGAAACUAUCUCUAUCAAAGACCCGUUACUCACCAUAUCAGCUGGAUGAACACAAGAACGAUGUUUACCGCAGUGUAAAGGAUUUGACUAACAAUAAAGAAGGAUCAAAACCCUCCAAGUGAAACACAACAUGGAUCUGUUGCUAUCUUCAACUACGAGGUAGAUCAAGUGUAUGUGGUUCUACAAACAUCUGCUCUGAUAAUGAAAGCCAUGAAAAAGUGUACCACCUCAUCUUGCUGUUGUCAAUCAGCAAAUCCUUGAUAAAGCAAUCCCAUCCCCAUGUGAUGAUCACAACUGUAAUACUGUAGGCAUACCUGAAGCAAGAGCUUGUUAAAUUGUUCCUGUAGCAGCAGUAGGCCUUUUCGAGGAGACAAAGGGACAUCUAGAGGGGCAUGCAGAUCAGUAGUUAUUAUAAAAGCAAUAAAAUCAAUUAAACUGUCA